GCGGCGGCUGCGCGCGGGGGAGGCGGCGCCGCGGUUCUCCUCGCCCCCUCUCUGAUGCCAGUCCCGCCCUGCCAUGAGUCUAUGAGCCCCCUCCGGAUCAGCGUGGGUGGUCUGCCCGUCCUCGCGUCCAUGACCAAGGGUGCUGACCCCCGCUUCCGACUGCGCUGGAGGGCCAUCGUGCUGUCCUCAGCCUGCGUGGGGCUUGUGCUGUUGCUCUUCUGCCUGCACCGUUCCUCCCCAGCGCGGCACGGCCCCCCCAGCCCUCGCACCUGGCAGCUCGGCCUGCAGGCAGGAGACCGCUACAAUGACACCUACCCGCUGUCCCCACCGCAGAGAAACCCCGAGGGCGUGCGCUACCGCAUCGGCGUCAUUGCGGACCUGGACACACAGUCCCGGGGCUCCCAGGAGCACACCUGGUUCAGUUACCUGAAGAAGGGCUACCUGGUACUGUCAGACAGCGGGGACAGAGUGACGGUGGAGUGGGACAAGGAUGAGAGCAUGCUGCAGUCCCACCUGGCUGAGAAGGGCCGGGGCAUGGAGCUCUCCGAGCUGGUGGUUUUCAACGGGAAGCUGUACGCGGUGGACGACCGGACAGGGGUGGUCUACCAGAUUGAGGGCAACAAGGUGGUGCCCUGGGUCAUCCUCCCAGAUGGGGACGGCACUGUGGGGAAAGGCUUCAAGGCGGAGUGGCUGGCAGUGAAGGAUGAGCACCUGUAUGUGGGAGGACUGGGCAAGGAGUGGACCACCACAACAGGGGAAGUGGUGAACGAGAACCCCCAGUGGGUGAAGGUCAUUGGCUACAAGGGUGACGUGAGCCAUGAGAACUGGGUGACAAACUACAAUGCGCUGAGGGCUGCAGCGGGGAUCCGGCCCCCAGGGUAUCUGAUCCACGAGUCAGCCUCCUGGAGUGACACGUUGCAGCGCUGGUUCUUCCUGCCGCGCCGCGCCAGCCACGAGCGCUACAGCGAGAAGGCAGACGAGCAGCGAGGCACCAACCUGCUGCUGAGCUCCACCCAGGACUUCGGGGAUGUGACGGUGGGGCGUGUGGGCGAGGUGGUUCCCACCCACGGCUUCUCCUCCUUCAAGUUCAUCCCGGACACAGACGACCAGAUCAUCGUGGCGCUAAAAUCAGAAGAGGACAAUGGCAAGAUCUCCAGCUACAUCAUGGCCUUCACGCUGGACGGGCGCUUCCUCCUGCCCGAGACCAGGAUUGGGAGUGUGAAGUACGAGGGCAUUGAGUUUAUUUAACAGACAUCUGGACCGAGUGGAGGUGUGCGGGCAGCCUAGGGAUGUGGGCAGGCCCUGCUAGCCUGCUCCUAGCCCGGGGUGCAUGGGGGGUGGCAGGCAGCGCUCCCAGCUCUGUCCCUGGCCCUGGGCUCUCCUGUAAAGUGUUGACUGAGCUGCAGCAGGUGUGGUGCAAGUGUUUCGGCAGUGGCACCUGGUGGCAAGGGACUGCCACCACAGGGUGUUCCCGUCCCUGGGACAGUGCCCAGGUCCUGGAAUGCUGGCAGGCCCCACUGCAGCCCUUAGUGCCCAGCCCUGAAUUGUGACAGAACUGUCUGCGGUGGGUCGGUGGCUCUGGUGACAUCCCCACUCUGGGUUUGUAGCUGAGCCCCAGCUCUACAGCUCUGCCCUGUGUGCUGUGGGGCUCCCUGGGUGGAGCGGGAUGUGCAGCCAGAGCGGGUCAGACUUGGGGGAUUUCAUCAGGCUUUUUCUCCAGAAGCUGAUCUUCCUUCCCUUUUCCCAUCAGCUGGAUGAGGUGAUGGCUGGGGUGACGGGUUUUCUGUUUCAGAGAAAAGUCUCACACAGGAAGAGACAGUGUCUGUGUCCCUCUGCUCCUGUCACCACAGGGCACGCAGCAGUUCCCUCACCACUGUGGUUCCAGCACAGUGGCUGUGCCUGUGGGGCAGGGGGAGCAAGUGUGGGUGAUGGGGCCACCAGCUGUGGCCAGGUGUAAAGUGGGCCCGUCCCAGUGCCAUUCCCAGGGCACAUCCUCAGAGGUGUGUGUGUGCUGGCUGUGUGUCUUCUCCAAGCCCUGGCUGCACAUGGCUCCGGCCCCAGAAAUGCCUCCAGCCCCAGAACUGUCAGCUCUGGGAAGAGCUGAGCCCUGGACAGGAACUGCUGGGAGCUGGCGGCAGUGCAGCCAUGCUGUGCAAGGCUGCUGUGCUCGGUGCAGGAGCAAAGCCAGGAGCUCCAGUUCCGCUUCCCAGAGCCAGCAGCAGCUGAGAAGCGUUCGCAGCAGCCCGGGGCUUUGGGCAGGGAGCCCUCCCCACGUUCGCCAGCAUGUUGUGAAAUUGCAGCCGCAGCCUGUGGCCCCCAGGAGGAACUUGUGCGGUUUCAGGAGCCACAAGUGUCAAAGGGACAUCUGCUGGCCCCAGGGCCCUCCUGACCCCUCUGACCAAGGGGGCUGCGGCUCCUGGCCUGCCCACACUGACGUGGCUCAGGCUUGCCCUGCCCCAGGUCAUAGGGCAGCAUAUCCUCACGCCAGGACCAGUGUUUGGCUCUGUGGUGUCCCCAGUUUGGUCCCCUUUAACACUGCCCCUAGGGCAGGUCUGCCAGCAAGUAGGCCUUCAGAGAGCUGAAGCUUUGGGGGAGCCCUUGUGCCCCCUGUAUCCCUCUGCCAUGCCCUGGCACUGCUCUGCUGUGGGGAGCAGCCAUGCUGGGGAAGGAGAGAGCCUGUUGGUGCAGCAGUCAGGCUGUGGUUGGGUGGAAGGAUCUGCAGAGUGGAUGGGGCCCUCCCAAGAACCCAGCCAGGCUGCUCCCCCCAUCCCUGUUUACACUGUCAGCACCUCUGUGAGCCAUGCAGAACGCAGACGAGGCCAGACAUGUGUUUUCAUUUAGCCCAGACAAUGACUCGGCCAGUGCUGGGCUGCGAGCGGAUGCGCUUGUCUCUAGACACGGACCUGUCCCCAGUGCCAUGGACAGACCUGGCUUUGGCCUCUGCACGUGGCCACGGGAUUGUGCAGCACCUGGCCCAGGGCACCCAGGGUGCAUUUGCAGCCCACACUGGGCUCCAGCUGGCCACAGUCCAUGACGGCCACUCAACCAUCACUUGCACUUUGCUUGGCAAUUCCUCUGGCCUCAUUCACCCUCCCGGCCUCACUCACCCUCCCAGCCUGGCACUGGCAGCUCCACAGCACCUGCUGUGGCCCCAGGGCUGUCCCAGUGGCCGUCCCUGUUACUUUGUCCCUUCUUGUCCCCUGGGCUGGAACAUCCCUGGGCCCCUGCCCUCAGCACUGCGCUGCCCUCGGAGCAGCAGCACCAAUGCCUCCGGCAGCCGGACCAGCUGAAUUCUGCUGCUGCUGGAGCUUCUGCAGACCCACAGAGACCCACAGUGACCCACAGAGACCCAUGAGCCCACAGAGGAGUUGGUGACCUGGGGCCCCAUCCCAGGUGUCACCCAGCAUCCCAGCGCUGUUGGUGCUGUCACCUCCCACGUGUUCCCUGCAGGCUCAGUCAGGGUUUGGGCCAGGUCCAGCUGCCCAGUUCUGCUGUUUCUUCCCAUCCUGGAGACUGAGCACCUCUAUUCCUUGCCUCUACUGCGAGUAUCCACGGCAGUGCUGUGGCAAGAGGCUGGCUCAGGAGCAUAUUUGGUGGCCGUGGUGGCUGUCCUGCCAACACGUGCCCAUGUCACCUGGCCCAGCUGUGCUCCGAAGCUGUGUCCCUGCCCACUGUGCUGGGACAAGGCACUGCUGCGAGGAUGGAGCACUCUCAGCAGCCAGCCAGGCACAGAGUAUGGGUACAGUGACAGCAGCAGCAUCCUGACACCUCCACAGCGACAACAAGAUGUGGAUUUGGACUGGGAUAGAGUCUGUGUUCUCAAUAUUAGAUGGUGUAGGUCAGUGUUUUGGAUUUGUGCUGGGAACGGUGUUGAUAACAGGGAUGUUUUCAUUACUGCUGAGCAGCAUUUGCACAGCUUGAGGCCUAUUCUGCUCUUCAUCCCACCACUGAGAGGCUGGGGGGAUACAAGGACUCGGGAGGGGACACGGAACAGCUGACCCAAGGGAUAUUCCACACCGUAUGGA